AUGUACCGCUCCACCAAGGGCGCCUCCAAGGCGCGAAGGGACCAGAUCAACGCCGAGAUCCGAAGCCUCAAGGAGCUGCUCCCGCUGGCCGAAGCCGACAAGGUGCGCCUCUCCUACCUGCACAUCAUGUCUCUCGCCUGCAUCUACACCCGCAAGGCCGUCUUCUUCGCCGGAGGAGCCCCCCGGGCCGGGCCCCCGGGCCUGCUGUCGGCGCAGGAGCUGGAGGACAUGGUGGCCGCGCUGCCCGGCUUCCUGCUCGUCUUCACGGCCGAGGGGAAGCUGCUCUACCUCUCGGACGGCGUCGGCGACCACCUGGGCCACUCCAUGGUGGACCUGGUCGCCCAGGGAGACAGCAUCUACGACAUCAUCGACCCCGCCGACCACCUCGCCGUGCGCCAGCAGCUGGCCGCGCCCUCCGCCCCCGACACCGACCGGCUGUUCCGCUGCCGCUUCAACACCUCCAAGUCGCUGAGACGCCAGAGCGCCGGCAACAAACUCGUGCUGAUCCGCGGCCGCUUCCACUCGCCCCCGCCGGGGCCCUACUGGGCGGGCAACCCGGUCUUCACCGCCUUCUGCGCGCCCCUGGAGCCCCGAGCGCGGCCCGGCCCGGGCCCCGGCCCCGGCCCCGGCCCCGCCUCGCUCUUUCUGGCCGCCUUCCGGACCCGCCACGCCAAGGACCUGUCCCUGCUCGACGUCUCCGAGAGCGUCCUCUUCCACCUGGGCUUCGAGCGCGGCGAGCUGGUCCGCGGGUCGUGGUACGGACUGCUCCACCCGGAGGACCUGGCCCUCGCUUCGGCUCAGCACCUCCGCCUGCUGGCCGAAGGCGGGGACGUGCGGGCGGAGAUGGUGGCGCGGUGGCAGGUGAAAUCCGGGAGCUGGCUGUGGGUCUAUUCCCUGCUGCAUCCCGACGGCGCCGAGGGCCCCAUCGUGGCCCACAACUAUCCCAUCAGCGACUCGGAAGCCUGGGGCCUCCGCCAGCAGCUGAGCUCCGAGGACGCUCACUUGGCCUUCGUCCUGGAGUCGGCCGCGGCGCCCGCCUUCUCGGCCCCGCUGCCGUCGCCCGAGCGGCCCGCCGACCCCGACCCCGUCUUCGCCGCCUUCGGGGGUCCCGGGAGCUCCGACGUCCCCGGCCCCCCGCCCCCCGGGGAGCCCCUCCCGCAGCCGCCCAAAGAGCUGGGCUUCGACUACUUGGGGUUCGCCCCCCCGGGGGACCCGGGCAAGGACUUCGCUUGCACCCCGCCCUACACCCCGCACCGGCCGGGCUGCGCCUUCCUCUUCGGCCUCCAGGACCCCUUCCGGGGGACCCCCGCCGCGCCCCCGGACCGGCCGCCCCCCGGCCCGGCCCCUUUCCCGGCCCCGCCGACCCCCGGCGGCCCCUUCUCCGGACAGCCGGCCGGCCCCGUGGGCCAGUUGGUCGGCGACCCCGCCGCCGGAGCCUUCCGGGCCCGGCCGGCCCCCUCCUUCCAAGCCCCGCUGACCGGACCCUUCCCGGAGCCGCCGCCGCCGCCGUGUCCGCCCGGCCCCGGGGGGAUCUUCCCGGACCGGUUGAGCCCGAGCCCGGGCAAGGCCCGCCGCCCGGCCGACGGCUGCGGUUUUCUCUACGAGAAGUUGCCCCCGAGCCCGGACAGCCCCGGCAACGGAGACUGCACCCUCCUGGCCCUGGCCCGGCUGCGGGGGCCGCUGUCGGUGGACGUGCCCCUGCUGCCCGAGGGGCUGCUGACCCCGGAGGCCUCCCCGGUCAAGCAGAGCCUGUUCCGCUACUCGGACAAGGAGCGGAGAGAGAUCGACAGGCUCGUCCGCCAGAUCAGCCAGCUGGCCCGGGGCGCGGACGGCCCGCCGCCCGCCGCGGAGACCGGGGCGGCGCCCGGGGGGGCCGGGCCCGAGCCCCCGGCCCGCGGCCUCCCGCUCCCGGGGGCCGGCCCGUCGGGACCCCCGCUGGACCUCAAGGCCUGGAAAAGCCAGGAGCUGGCCUUCUUGGCUCCUCCCGAAGACCUGCUGCUGCUGCUGCUGGAGGAGGAAAAGUCCGUGGAGGAGGCCUUCGGGGACUUCCCCGCCCCGCCCCCGCCGCCGGGGGGCUGGGGGCCGGGGAGCCUGGAGGCCGCGGACCCGGGGGGGGUCCCCUCGCCCUGCACCGACCUGUCCCCGGAAGACCACAGCUUCCUGGAGGACCUGGCCGCCUACGAAACCGCCUUUGAGACAGGUGUCUCAGCGUUCCCCUACGAUGGGUUUAGUGAUGAGUUGUAUCAACUCCAGAGCCGCGUUCAAGACAGCUUCCAUGAAGAUGGAAGUGGAGGGGAACCAACGUUUUGAAUAAGUCUGUGACUUAACGUCGUCAAGUAUGGCAUAUUGUCAUCAUGGCGUGGAGCCGUUCUCCACCUCCCCGUGGA